AUGUACUACUGCUUCGAUUGCGGACGAUUCAUGUGCCCUGAUUGUUUCAACGCACAUGAAGUGCUCAAGAAGUCUUUUCAAGGACAUAAAGUCACGCCAGUUCAAGACUUCAAAGUAGAAGAUUACGAAGCAUUGUUGAGGCGGCAACCGUUUUGUUCUCAAGAGUUCCACGAGAGAGAAAUUACACGGUUUUUUUGCUCGCAGUGUAAGGUUUGCAUUUGUCCAAUUUGCAUAGUCACGGAUCAUCAAAACCACAAAGUUGUUCUUCUCGACAAAGCAGCCCACGAGGAAAAGGAUAACAUCAUGUCGGGCGCAAAAUUGAUCAAGAAUAUGGAAAGCGAGCUCCAGGAAGUCAUUAGGCAGUUUGAAGAAACCAUUUCUAAGCUGGAAAGCAAUAUGGCAACGGCUAAGCGAAGCGUCAAGCAAGCAGCUGAACAAAUGAUCGCAAAUAUUCGAGAGCGCGAGCGAGAGGCGUUGGAAUCCCUGGAGGCAACACGCGUGUCGAGACUCCAUAUAAUUAACUCGGCUAAACGGGAAGUGCAAUCCUUAGUAAAACAAAUUAACCAAGCAGCUCAGUUUGCAGAAAAUCUGGUGCAGAGAACCUCAAGCUCGGAUAUUAUGCAGAACAAAGAAACUUUAAAGACCAAAUUUGAAGAGCUUCUGCGAGUUGAAGUUCCAAAACAUCAGCAGACGUCAUUCGUCAAAUUCACUGCGACAUCUCAAAAGGACUUAAAACUGGGUUUUAUUGAAGUCACUGAAGACACCGCAAAGGCUGCUAAAUCAACAAUAGAAGGAUUAGAUAAAACUUUGCAGGCUGGUGUGGAAGCAGAGUUUACGUUAUGUCCAAAGACAUCUGGAGGAGAGAUGAGUAACGAGGCUAAUCUUAAAGGUCGUGUCGAACUGUUAAUUAAACCCGUCAAGGAUGUUAGAGACGUGGUUGUCGAAGAGAAAGUAGACGGCAAUCUUAGAUUGAAGUUUACUCCCAAAGCACCUGGCACCUGUAGCAUUGAGGUGAAGAUUGAUGGCGAUAAACUGCCGCACUGUCCCACGACAGUGCAUGUUAAAGAACGUGAACUUGUGGUCAGUCAGUUAAAGUUACAGCUCUUUAAAAGGGACGCGCUUGAACGGUUAUAUGGAAUUGCUGUGAAUACAGAAGGCCAGAUAAUUUUGACAGAUAACAUUGGCCAUUGUGUUUAUGUCUUUGACAAAAAUGGCAACUGUUUAAGAAAAAGUAGAGGCGAGGGUAGCAAUUCGGGACAAUUUCAGUACCCGGAUGGUAUUUCGUUGUUAAAUGACAACGAAGUCCUAAUUGCAGACUUUGGGAAUUCCACAAUACAACGACUUAAUAUUCACACAGGAACUGUAGUAAAAAGUUUUGGGAAAAUCGGUGAAGAAAAAGGAGAGCUAAGAAAUCCAAUAGACGUUACCGUCGACGAUGAAGGGCGCGUUGUUGUAACCGAGUGGGGAAAUAAUAGGAUACAGGUGAUGUCAGACCAGGGACAGUCUAUUUUCACAUUUGGAGACAAAGGCCCAGAGAAACUUGAUGGUCCAACCUGCUGCAUUCGUUACAAAAACAUAUUUCUCGUAUCUGAUGGAGGCAAUAACUGCAUAAAAGCUUUUGAUCAGUCAGGAACAUUCUUAUACAAGUUUGGCAAAGUAGGGUAUCAAGAUGGACAAUUUACAACGCCGAAUGGUUUGCUUGUAGACAGCUCCAAUAAUCUUCUAGUAUGUGACUUUGGCAAUAACCGAGUUCAACAGUUUUCUUUAGACGGUCGCUUCAUAGGCAAAAGUAUCACUCGUUUAUCUAAUCCUACGGCGAUAACAAAAGCAUCAGACGGGCGCAUUCUUGUUGCUAGCAAUGAUGAGAAAAAAGUGUAUAUUUUGAAAUAG